AGGCCAUGAUUUAGGACUGGAGAAUCUACCCAGUGAGUAAAAUGUAUGAAUAUUUUAGCUGCUAAGGGGUCCUUUCUGGUCUGUACUGUUGCCCUGUAGUUGACCUCCAGAUAAGUGAACUGUCACUGCAUAUUGUUCCCAAGAUGAUUAUUUGCCUCUUCCAUUGGAAAAGGCUGCUGAGGAUUGCCGUAUAGGCUGUUCCCAAUAAUAGAAGACAGUUGGAAUAUUUAAGAGAAGGAAAGAAGCAUAGUGUAGAAAUAAAAAAUCUUUGGCACUGGAAAGAUGUGGGUGGGAUUCCUGGUGUUCCCAUUUUCCAGCUGCAGGAUUGCUUUAGGGACAGGCCACCCACCUACCAUGUGAGCCUUGGGGUCAAGAAGAUGAAAGGAGGUAAUACAGGAAAGUGCUUAGCACAGCAUCUGGCAAAAAUGGGGCAAGGAAAGGAAAUCAGAAUGUGUUUUUGGGAGCUUAAGUGUGUCAGGAAGGAGGACAAGCAGGAAAGGGGCAGGAGAAGAAACCUGAAAGGAAAGGGAACUGGGCAGAAAAAGAACAGUAAGAUAUGUGCUGUCUGGGCUUCCUCAAAAUAGCCAGAUAUCAUCCACUGUGUAUCUGCCUUGCAUAGUCCAGAAGGCCUGGCAGCUUCACCAAAAAACAUUAACAGUGGGGUAGGGGAGUUGGGAAGUAGCUGGUGCUCUCCCCCUGCCCCACUUAAGAUUGGGAACUUUGUGUUUGAGAUAGGUAGCUUUGUCUGGCCCUUUUAUCCUGCUCUGAUUAUUGUUCGCUUGGUGGGCCUGGCAGGGAGAGAAGGUGGAGGAGCCUCCACAAUGGUUUGCUCCUACCUGAACUUAGUGGUAAAAUGAAGCUGCCCAAAUGAAGCAGCUGUGUUUCCUUCCUUAGAGCAUCUGCCUAGAGGCUGGGAAAUGGGUACUUUUGUGGCUCUUGGCCCAGAAGAAGCAGGGUAGAGAAGGAAAAGGUGGCAGGGUGGCUGUGCCUCAGUUCCCACACUUCUUUUGGCCUGUAUCUCGUUUUUCAACCCAGCUUUUAGUCUUUCUGCCUCUUCCACCUGUGCAGCCACUGAGCACACUCUUUAAGCUGGACACUGGGCUAGUGGGCUGGAAAUACAAGAGACAAAUGAUGCAUAGUCCUGGCUGCUGGAGAAGGACCUUCACCUCCUGUGGUCCCUGCCUUCUCCCACCCUCAGCUCCCUUACCCAUGACACCCCCCAGCAACCCUUGUCUGUUCUGCCCCCUCACUGUUCUGUCCUGCCUCAACCAGGCUCUGCAGUGUGUAUGCUCCCAGAGGGAAGCGACACAAAGGAAAGGGAGGGGGGGCGGAAAGGAGGGAAUCCCGCUGACAUCACUGCUCAUUAGCAUGUGUGACCUCAUCAGGGGGCGGGACAAUUUCCCCAGGUGUCUUGCGGGGAGGGCAAGUGUGUUGGGGGGUGGUAUUUAAAGGGAAAAGCUGACAGUGCUGCUGAGUGAGGGAGCGGGUGCUGAGAGCCGCUGGGCUGCACACGCACACGCACACCGAUGCACACGGACCUGGACACCAACAUGGACAUGGACACAGAAACCACAGCACUCUGCCCCUCUGGCAGCCACCGGGCCUCCCCUCCAGGGACACCCACACCAGAAGCAGAUGCCACAUUGCUGAAGAAUCCAGAGAAACUGUUGGCAGAGUUGGACCUGGGCGGGCUACCCUCUGCCCCUGGGGCUCCCAGACGAAGAGGCAGUAUGCCUGUCCCCUACAAGCACCAGCUCCGGCGGGCCCAGGCUGUAGAUGAACUUGAUUGGCCACCUCAGGCCUCAUCCUCUGGCUCCUCUGACUCAUUGGGCUCAGGGGAGUUACCCCCUGCUCAAAAGGAUGGCAUCUUCAAGGUCAUGCUAGUGGGGGAGAGUGGUGUGGGCAAGAGCACCCUAGCAGGCACUUUUGGUGGUCUCCAGGGAGACAGUGCUCAUGAACCGGAGAACUCAGAGGAUACCUAUGAGAGACGCAUCAUGGUGGAUAAGGAAGAAGUGACUCUAGUUGUUUAUGACAUCUGGGAACAGGGAGAUGCAGGAGGGUGGCUGCGGGACCACUGCCUUCAGACCGGGGACGCCUUUCUCAUCGUCUUCUCAGUCACUGACCGACAGAGCUUCUCCAAAGUUCCAGAGACCCUACUUAGGCUCCGGGCUGGGAGGCCGCACCACGACCUACCAGUUAUCCUCGUUGGAAACAAGAGCGACUUGGCCCGCUCCCGGGAGGUAUCACUGGAGGAAGGCCGCCACCUGGCCGGGACGCUGAGCUGCAAGCACAUCGAGACGUCGGCCGCACUUCACCACAACACGCGGGAGCUCUUCGAGGGCGCGGUGCGCCAGAUUCGACUGCGGCGGGGCCGGAACCGCGCCGGGGGCCAGAGGCCCGAGCCGGGCAGCCCCGAGGGCCCUGCACCGCCAGCACGUCGCGAGAGCCUCACCAAGAAGGCCAAACGGUUCCUCGCCAACCUGGUGCCGCGCAACGCCAAGUUUUUCAAGCAGCGCUCCAGGUCGUGUCACGACCUCUCGGUGCUCUGAGCCGCGGUCGCCAUGGCCACUGCGGUCGCCAUGGUCACCGCGCCCUCCGUCGACCCCCUCGCCUCGCCCCGCCCCCGUCCGGCUUCCCCAGUGGAGGCCGUCUAAGAAACCAAAAACUCCCAGGAUGCCCCCGGCGGUCCGAGUCCGCUGGGCGGCACCUCCACGCCCGCCCCCAAGCGUUCUCCGAACCUUCGGGCCCCAGGGCGCCUAGAAGGCGAGGACGCAGACCUGAGGGCGGCCGGUGAGCGGGGCGGGUUCUGCUGGGUCGGGAAGAAUAAUAAUUCUGCAAGGUAUUUUGUUUUUUAUUAAUUCGCUCUUGGCCACCUCGUCUGUAAAGAGAUACUAAAAGCGAGGUCUUGAAAAGUGCUUUGUAGACUCCUUGACGGAGUUUGCCUCCUUUGUACGCUGCGUGAACAUGCCUCACCUUUAAGAGAGUCUUAAAGGUAAAGACACGGAGACCCCCACCCCCACCCCCUUCCAAGGACCUUCCCGAAAACCUUCCGGCUCUCAUCUACCGCAUUUGUCCACUUUGCCUUUAAGGAGUUCUUAAAGGCAAGGGCCUGGAAGCGCUGUUCUUGAGACUGAUUCUCUGAUUUACCAGUCCACCACCCCACUUCCCCUUUAAGGUUAUUAAAGGUAAGGGGUGGACAGACUUUCUGCAGUCAGAUGCUGAGCAGGGGCAACCCCUUUUAGCCAGGGCCCAGGAGGCACCAGCAAGGGGCCACCCUUUUUCCCUUUUCAAUAAAUAAUUUUUGUACUGCA